AAAUUUGGAUAGAUGACGGAGAGAGCUAAAACAGGAAGAGAAAACUGAAAAUUCCGACCUUUAAUGCAAUACAAGCCACGUAUCUUGAACACGCGUGUACAAAAACUCAAAAACUUGACCCGACCUGUGAUCAUCGUUAUAAAAGAGGGGCCUAAGAAAUCUUGUCAGAUAUUAAAAAGGGCCUUCUCCAAUCGAACCCUAGGUCGGUCGUUAUGGCUGAACCAUCGGACGAGUGGGACGACACCGGCGAUUCUCCGGGAGGUAGCUCCAGCUAUAUAGGCAAGGGUGCUCCAAAAUUUGGAAUUGAAGGACCAGACGGUCUGCCUUGUGAAAAGUGUCCUAAGGAUAUUCCCCUUUCUUUCUGCCCUCACUGGCCUUGUAAUAUCUGUUAUAACGACCACUACCAUCAAGUUUGCCCUUACUUCGACUUCUACCCACAGGGUGCACCUCUUAGCCCUUUCUAUGACAUAAUUUGUUCCAUGGGUCAUCCAUUUAAUGAAGAGAAGUGGGUUUGUACCUCUUGUCCUGGGAACGAGGCAAGGAUUAGUCUCAAGUAUUGUCAUAUUUGUCACUGCAGGCUGCAUGGUACGUAUGAAUGCCCCGAAGACAAGGUUGCUGCGGCCAAGUAUAAAUUGUUCAGAGACGAGAUGUGUUCAAAAGUGUUUAAACUGAAUCCUCCUAAGUCAUCCUAUGUUCCAACUCCUUCUCCUGGGUUUGUGAACAUGAAAGAAGUGAGCUAAGAAACCCUAAAGCAGAGCCAUUGUGGUGUUGCAGCAGCUGCAGAGCACUCUUAAGUACAACCAGUCUCAGAUCUCAUCUUCCUCAGAAACCAUGGUCGUUCUUAUGAUGUUUUCAUAUAUUCUCAGGUUAUUUGAUCGAUGUUCCCUAUAUACCAAUCUAUCAAAUGCAUUAGUUACUUUCUCUAGGGUUACAUGAGCUAAGUUAUAAGUCAUUUUCAAGUUU